UUAAGACCUUUAUGCGUCUUUCUUAUGAAAGCCGUAACCUCUCCGGAAGAAAAAAGCCAUGAAAUCAUCCAAACCGUCAAAAAAUUACAUAAAACUCUUGAGGCUAUACCUGAGGCGUCUAGGGUCCUUGAUUUUGAUUUGAUCCAAUACAUUUUUUUUCCUUUGUCAAAACUGUAUAAUAAUGCUGUUCUACAACAGAGUGAUGGAUUUAUUGAAGGAUUUCUAAAUUGUAUUGAAGUUUUGUUGACUUCUAGUUGGAAUAAUUAUAUGAUGCCUGGCCAAUUCAGGCAACUUCUGAUUUUGCUUGUAAGCAUCGUUGGUAGAUCAUUUCAUCCUGGAUCAAAAAAAGCAACUGAAGACGAUCAGAUAGUAGAAAAAAAUAAAACUCUUUCUAGUAACAGUUCUUCUCUUUCAGAAGAAACAAAACUUGCCGGUGUCAAAUGUAUUUUUGCUUUAUUACAUUUAAAUGUCAAAAAUACAGAUGAAAAUGAAAAUGAUCGUUUUAAUAUGUCGACACACUGUGAAUUACUCUUAACAGAACUUAGAGGUGUUCAACUGAGAAUUGUUAUUGGGCGUUGUGUAUAUGUAUUACUUGAAAUCAUCACAACUGAACGCUUAUUACAACUGAGAAUAAUAGCACUUAAAACUUUGGAACGUUUGAUCACUCGUAUCAAAGAGCCAGGAAUCGUGGCUUCCUUCCUACCUGGUGUAUUAAGCACAUUGAGCAAAACUUUGGUCAAAGAUCAAAAAGAAAAUCAUCUAUUAUUGACAAAAACAGUGGAAGUUUUGACGUGUGCAAUCUAUUUUGUAAUGAACGAUGUUGUCAGUGAACCUUUUAUUUCUAGGACAACGGCUCUGAGUGAGUUAAAAGACGUGUUAGUUAAUAAGGGAAGUGCAAACCAGCUUUCAGUAGCAAAAACGAGCCCUGUAUCAGCAUCAUCAUCAGAGGUACAAAAUGGUUAUGUUGAAAGAACAAAAUCAUGGCACAAGGCUACCAAAUCACAGAUCAAAAUAUUGAUAGGUCAUAUAUUCACUAUACGUAAUCAUCCUUCAUGGCAAAUUCGUUUGGCUUUCGUGAAUUUAUCUUAUAAACUACUUUUUGAGUGUACUAAAUCUCUGGAUAAUUGUGGACAUAUAUUAAUCGAAACAUUCGUUUUUUAUUUAAAUGAUGAUUAUGAGCAAGUUUCAAUACCUUGUAAACAACAUAUGGAAUCAUUACGAAUGCAUCCUGAUUUUAGGGAAAAUAUGAACACUAUACUAAGAUCGCGGAAAUUACCGUUAUGUGUACAAAUUUUCUACAAAUCCUUAAUUAAAUACAUCCAAAUUUGA